AUGUGCAAAAGCUAUAUGAGUAUUUCAUGGGAAUUUUUGGUAUAUCUAAUAGGAUCUCCCAUCAUUUUAUCAGACAACGGUUUGUUUCUUGGUGGAUUAAAGCUGUCAACAAGUCGUUGAUGGAUGUUUUCAGGAAAAUUCUAUCGGGAAUCAUUGUUUGGCACAUGUGGAUGAUAUCUGGUUUGGGGAGGAAAAGAGAAGAAAACAAAGAGCCUGAGACUCUAGGAGGCGAGAGGAAGAAAACCAGGAGAGACAGAGGAUUUGUCGGUAGGGCGAGGGGGAAAGAGAGGGAAUUGGGUGGGGUGGGAGACGGGUAAAAGAAAAUAAGGAAUGGAUAAAAUUAACGCAGCUAUAUAUACCGUGUACACCGGCGUGUAAAACGCCGUGUACACGAAUCAUUUUUCUCUUCCCUUUUUACUUGAUUGAUAAUGAAAUAGAAGGGGACAUAGCCAUCAAAGGUAAAAAUGAUGAAGCAAGCGUCUUUGCUAACGUUUUCCGCGGUGCACCAUCUCCAUCGUCAAAUUAGAAGCAACCAGGGAUUAAAGUGAUGAUCAAGAUACUUGCUUUUGGGGGAAAAUCAAGUAUUACUGUUUGCAUACUUUGAUCAUCAGGAUUUAUUUCUAAAUUUUGUAUGAAAAUCAAGCAUUAGUACAAGGCAUGAGACAAAACAAAUGAGGACAACAAUAAGCAAUUUGGAAGUCAAUAAUGAGAGCUUCAAACCAAAGAACAACAAAGGAUUUUUGCUUGCAAUUACUUAUAUAUUGACCCCGUUUGGCAAUCUGCUGAUUGUUUUGAACUGCAAAACGCUGCAUUUUGCAGCGGUUAGGCGGCAAUCCGUCGAGUUAAUGUUUUUCAUUUGAAAUGAUAUUGUAUUUGGAGUGCUUUGUGUUUACAAACAUGUAAGUGGAUGAGAUUGAGCAUGCCUAUGUUUACGGAUAUGUGAAGCGUUUUAGUGCAAGAAUGUGAGCUCCAAAGUACAAGAUCAUUCACAUUUUAGUCCUGUAAAUAGUCACUUUGUAAAAUAUGAUGUUCUUGAAUUCAGUAUGUAAGUGUAUUUAAAUUUACUUUUGUUUUCAAAGAUGUACCUUAUGUGUUAUGAAAAUGAAUGUGACUUUGAUCAUUUGAUGUUAAUACAUUUUAAAUUUAAAGUU